AUGGUGCUGCAGCAUUGGCUUCUCCUGCUUCUGCUGCUGCUAGUAGAAACGCUGCAAGCACCGUGGCAAUGCGCAGCGAAAGGGUUGGUGUUUCGCAGCUUCAGACACAACGGCAGCAGCAGCAACACAAGCAGCUGCAUCUGCGACAAAAGCUGCCGCAGACUCCAGAUAUCAUGCAGUUGGUUAACGACACGGUGCGUGCUGAACUUGAGCUUAGUCCGCCAGCCAUAUACAAAGGCGGAUGCAAUAGCUGCAGCAGUCGUGUCUUUGAAAAAGAAUUCUUCUCGCUUCCACACCCGUCUGCCAGGUUCAUUGCAUCAGCAGCCGCGUCUCCGACCAGGCCUUCGCUGUGUAUCUGAUGCGUUGCUCGACGCUACGGAUCACACCACCAGCAGCACCAGCCACAGCACCCUCAGCAAUGGCGCCAGCACCACCAACAGCUGUCAUGACUACAGCAGCAAGUGGGGUCCUCUGCCUGAGGAAGCUCUAGAAGUACGGCGGCCGCUGAAGUUUAAGCCCAAAAAGAGGCGAGGGAGGCAGAGAAUAUCGCGCAGCCUUGCGGAUCUGCUUGCCACGCAGCACACUACGCUGUCGGGCGCUGCUGCGGUUGCUGCCUCCGCAGCAGCUGCAGCAAGAGAAUGGAGCGCGGGAGAUGCCACUACAAGGGCAGCAGCAGCAGCAAUGGCAGCGACGGAGGGCGCUGGGAGCUUUUACGCUUCUUUGCCCUCCUUACCACUGCCGGAAAGAGGUUUUGGCCGGCUGAGAGUUACGGGGGGCACGCUGGCUAGACGGCGCCUGCUGAUGCCGCGUACAGACACCACCAGGCCCAUGAUGGCUCAGGUGCGUGAAGCCGUCUUCUCUAUGCUCCAGAGCUUAGGAAUUUUUGCCUGCUCCAACCUUAGGGUGUUGGAUCUCUUCUGCGGCAGCGGUGCGCUCGCCAUUGAGAGCCUUUCUCGGGGGGCGCAGCAAGCUGUUCUUGUCGACAGGUCUCUUGAUUGUUGCGAGGCAGCAGCGGUUAACCUGCGGCAUCUAGGAUGUACAGAGAGCCGCGUACUGCGGCUGUGUGUCUUUGAGCUGCUACUUUCCCCCCGUCGUUUCCUCGGGGGGCCUGACACCAGCAGCGAUAGUGGCAGCGGGAGCUCUGACGCAGCACCGUUUGACUUAAUAUUUUUGUGCCCCCCCUACACGGAAGUGAUCUAUGCAGACCUCCUGAAGAAGCUGCUUUUUUCUGGUCUGCUGCGCCCUGGUGGCAUCUUGGUUGUGGAGUACCCGAAGGAAAUGGGAAAUCUCCCUUUGAAGAUCGGGUUUCCUGGGGCUCCAAUGGAGCUCGAGGGCCUCAGGAGCCGUAAAUACGGCCGCACAUGCAUUGCCCUCUAUUGGGGAAGGCUACGGGAUCAAGGGCAGGAGAGAGGCUCCCCACACUUUUCGCCGUAUGUGGCUGCACCCGAGGAGUUCGAAGAGCCCCUAGCUCGCAAGCGCAAGCUAAAGAAAGAGGUAGCAGCAGUACCACCAAUAGCUGAAAAGAAGACAGAACUAUCAUAG